AAAAUGUGCAGUACUGAUAUUGGUGCAGCUUAGGUUUUGAGCGGGACGAGUGUGGAGGGGAUCGGCCAUUUUUGUCGCAUCCAUCUUUUCAUCAUAAUUCAACAUGAAGAUCGGUUUAUGUGCGUACAGUGGGUACAAAAUAUACCCUGGCCAUGGUAAAACCAUGGUCAAAGUGGAUGGAAAAACAUUCACUUUCUUGAAUUCAAAAUGCGAGUCUGCACAUUUAAUGAGACGUAAUCCUAGAAAAGUUACAUGGACUGUACUCUACAGACGGAAGCAUAAGAAAGGCCAGGAAGAAGAACAAGCAAAGAAGAGGACAAGGCGCACUCAAAAAUUCCAGCGUGCCAUUGUUGGUGCAUCCCUUACAGAUAUCUUAGCUAAACGUAACAUGAAACCAGAAAUUCGUAAAGCCCAAAGAGAUCAGGCUAUUAAAGCUGCUAAGGAACAGAAAAAAGCUGCCAAGGCAACGAAGAAGGCAGUUGUACCAUUGAAAACGAAGACAGUGCCCAAACAUAAAGCUGCAAAAGUAACUCAAAAGUCAGCGCCACGUGUUGGAGGAAAACGUUGAAUUCUGAACACAUUGCAAAUAAAAUAAACUUUAUAUUUAAAAAAUUCAUUUUUCAUUUUUACCAAACUAUUUAUGAUUAAUUGGACAAUGCUAAAAAUUACACUGAAACAAAAUAAUAAAUUUUCCCAGUCGCAAAUUCUUUUCAUUCAAUUUGGAAUUUUGUACUUACAUUCAGAAUGGAAUACUUUGUGUAUAAUGGGGAAAUGAAUUAAUAAGUUAAAUAAAUUAAAUUUAUCCGAAA